UGGGUCGAGUACGUGGGGGUGUCGUGCUGUGUGGUAAAUGAAAAGGUUGUUUUAGGAGCUGGCUGCUGUGUCCGCGCCCUCCUCCAGCGUGAGGCAAUGGCGGCAGUGCCACAGGCGGGUCCCUCUGCUGGGACGGCACUGCCUGCUGCUGACCAGGCCGGUCAGAUGGCCACCUACCGCUCAUAUGUGGCUCUGCUGGCUGACCCCAAUGCCAAAGAUGAGAACAAGCUCAAGGCAGCGCAGGAGAUCAGUGACAACUUUGAGUUCAUUGUCAACCAUGCAAACUUCUCUCAAUUCCUGGAUCUGUUCGUGAAGACCUGCCUAAAGCUGUUGCAAGAUGGAAGUCCCUGUUUCAUUGCUGAAUACAAUGUGCAGCAACUGCGCAAGCUGGUGCUGGACAUGCUGCACCGGACGCCGGCGGUUGACAGCCUGCGGCAGUAUACGCGCAGCAUCAUCAACGCCAUGUUCAAGUUGCUGGAGAUUGACAACGAGGAGAACGUGCUCGUUUGUCUUCGCAUUAUCAUUGAAAUGCACAAGCAGUUUCGACCGGCCCACACACCCGAGAUCCAGCAAUUCCUGACGUUCGUCAAGUCCAUCUACAAGGAGCUGCCAAACCACCUGAACAACGUGUUCGAGCGGCCGCAGAGCCUGCCCGUGCCAGACGUGGCGGAGGUGAACCUGAACGCCCUACUCUGCGAGACUUACACCAUCACGACGUUGCACACGGAGCGACGCACGGCAGAGGGCAACACCGUCACGUACAACCUGCUGCCGAAGGCGGUGCUGUCCCUGAAGGUGCUGGCCGAGCUGCCCAUCAUCGUGGUGCUCAUGUACCAGCUGUACAAGCAGAACGUGCAUCAGGACGUGGCCGAGUUCAUCCCGCUCAUCAUGACCACCAUCACGCUGCAGCCGAGCCAGCAGAUCCGGUCCGCGCCCAACUUCAACCGCGAAAUCCUGGUGGACUUCAUGGCGGCGCAGAUCAAAACGCUCAGCUUCCUGGCGUACAUCAUCAAGAUCUACCAGGACCCGGUGUCCCAGCACAGCGGCAGCCUGGUGCGCGGCGUGCUGGGCCUGCUGGUGCUCUGUCCGCCCGAGGUGGCGCACCUGCGCAAGGAGAUCCUCAUCGCAGCCCGCUACAUCCUGCAGACCGACCUGCGGCUCAAGUUCGUGCCAUAUAUGGAGAAGCUGUUUGACGAGACAAUCCUGUUGGGCGUCGGGUGGACGGCCAACGAGUCGUGCCGCACGCUGGCCUACAGCACACUGGCCGACCUGAUCCACCACGUGCGGCAGCACCUGCCGCUUAACCACCUCACCACGGCUGUCCACCUGUUCUCCAAGAACAUACACGACGAGUCCCAGCCCACCACCAUCCAGACGAUGUCGUGUAAGCUCCUGCUGAACCUGGUGGACUGCAUCCGCAACCGCACCGAGAUGGAGAACGGCGACCGGCGGGCGCUGCUGAUGCGCAUGCUGGAGGUGUUCGUGCAGAAGUUCAAGACCAUCGCGCAGAUCCAGAUCCCCGCUCUCGUCACCAAAAACGGAGCAGGCUCGAGCGAGGCGUCGCCGGACGCGCCGCCGGCGCGCAUCGGCAUCGCGGCCAGCGCCGCCGCCGCCUACAGCGUCAUCGACUGCCGCAACCUGGUCAAGACACUGAUCUGCGGCGUCAAGACCAUCACCUGGGGCUGCGCCUCCUGCAAGGUGAGCGGUGACGGUGUGUCGGCCCAGAAGGCGCAGAGUCGCCAGUUCUCGCCGUCCGAAACGCUGGUGUUUAUUCGGCUGGUACACUGGGCGCUGCUGGCGCUGGACAUCUACACAAUGAACGGCCCCGGCGGAGGCGCCGCCGCCGCCCGCCAGCUCAACCAGCCGACCGUGCGCAGUCGCGAAGAGAAGGAGGUGUUGGAACACUUCGCCGGCGUGUUUGCCAUGAUGCACCCAGCCACGUUCCAAGAGAUCUUCAGCACCACCAUCGGCUACAUGGUGGACCGCAUCAACAAGAACAGCGCGCUGCAGAUCGUGGCCAACAGCUUCCUGGCCAACGCGCCCACCUCGCCCAUAUUCGCCACCAUUCUGGUGGAGUACCUACUCAAGCGCAUGGCCGAGAUGGGCAGCAACCAGGAGCGAAGCAGCUUGUACCUGAAGCUGUUCAAGCUCAUCUUCGGCAGCGUGACCAUCCUGCCCAACGACAACGAACAGAUGCUCAAGCCGUACCUGCAUCAGAUUGUCAACAAGUCCAUGGAGUUGGCGAUGACGGCCAGGGAGCCGUACAACUACUUCCUGCUGCUGCGCGCCCUGUUCCGCUCCAUCGGCGGCGGCAGUCAUGAUCUGCUGUACCAGGAGUUCCUGCCGCUGCUCCCCAACCUGCUGCAGGCUGGACUGCGCCGCCCGGCAGGACCGUUCGGCGCCACGACGCGGCAGCUCAAGCUGCAGGGCAUGGACCCGCUGGUGCUGGUCGACGCUCUGGCCUACAUCAUGGGCCACGAGGAGAAGGAGCUGUGCAAGCCGGGCCGGGUAGCCAUCCAGGUCAUACUGGGCACCGCCACCACCGUCAUGGGCUCCUUGGAGCGGGCGUGUCAGCUGCCGCUGAUGGAGUACCUGUCGGAGCGGCUGUGCGGCCUCUGCUACGAGCGCGCCUGGUACAGCAAGCUGGGCGGCUGUGAGGCAAUCGGUGCGCUCACUUCGUUCAUGGCCAUCCGCUGGCUGCUCGAGCGACAGUACAUCUUCGUGCGCGCGCUGCUGUUCGUCAUGACAGACCUCAGUGGCGAGGUGUCGAGCGGGGCGGUGGACAAGGCGCGUCAGAACAUGGACCGGCUGCUGACGGCGUGCGCGUCGCCGUCGCCGGCCGACCAGGCGGGGGACGGCGAGCUGGCCGCCGUCCGCGCCAAGUCGCAGCAUGACGUCACCAACGAGCUGGUCCGCCAGCUGACCAGCCCCAACAGCACGGCCCGGCAGCAGGCGAUGCACAGCCUGGAGCUGCUGUCGCGCAUCCUCAAGCGGUCCACCUCGGAGCUAAUCCAGCCGCACAAGGAGGCGCUGGCCGACAUGGUGCCGCCCAAGAAGCACCUGGUCAGGCAGCAGCCGGCCAACGCCCAGAUCGGCAUCAUGGAUGGCAACACGUUCUGCUACUCCCUGCAGCCGCGCCUUUUCACCAUCGACCUGACGGUGAGCGAACACAAGGUGUUCUUCAGCGAGCUGUUCUCGCUCUGCGAGGCGGACGACAGCAGCCUGUUGAAGCUGCCCUGCUACAAGUCCAUCAACUUGACGUCCAUCCGCCAGUCGGCUCUCCGCUGCCUGGCGGAGUGCUACUACAUCCCCAACUACCGCGACAAAAUCUUCUCCGUCCUCUACAACCGGGCGCUCAACUCCAGCAGCGCCGAGCUGCAGGAGUGUGGCUUCCAGUGCAUGAAGAAGCUGAUUGCCGGCGCGCAGCCGGACAUGGAGGUGGUGCACAAGGAGAUGCGUCCGCUGCUGCUGCUGCUCGGCGACCACCGCUCGCUGACGCUGAACGUGGUGCCCCGGCUCAACUACCUGACGCGUCUCUUCCCCAACACGUUCAAGGAGAAGCUCUGCGAGCAGCUGGUGCAGCACCUGCGCAAGUGGAUGGAGGCGGCCAUUCAGAGCGCCUCUGCGGGCGCGCCUGCUGCCGGCGGCGCCGCCGGCGACGCCGACAAGGAGAAGGCGGCCAACCUACGCACGGCGCCCACUGCCACGCAGGAGUACCAGAUCUGCACGGCCAUCCUGGCCAUCUUCCCGCAGAUCCCAGCCGCCUCCAGCCGGUUUGUGGAGCUGCUGAUCCAUCUGGUGCUGACCACCGAGUCCCAGCUCUGCGUGGAUGCAGGCUCCACCAUGCGCACGCCGCUGCUGCAGUUCCUGGCGCGGUACCCGCAGGAGACGAUCGACUACCUGAUGACGGAGACGGUGUUGAAGGAGCAGCAGAACAGCCGCUUCCUGAAGUACCUGAUCAACCACGAGGACGGCCAGUGCUUCAGGGAGAUGGUGCAGAACUCGGUCGACAAGCUUACCAACAUGGUGUCCGGCGCCGUGUCGGUGCAGGGCGAGAAGGACAAAGCCGAGCUGCAGUUCCAGGCCGUGCACAUCUGCUACCUGCUGACCAAGCACGACGACCAGUGGCUGGCCGGCCAGUCGCACCUGGUGCAGGCCCACAAACUGGUGUGGUGCAGUGACGCGUAUCACGAGCAGCACCAGCGCGGCGAGCGCACCGAGUCCGGCCACUGGCAGCAGCCGCGCCUGCUGGCCCGCACGCUGCUGCGCUACUUCAUCCACCACCCCGACAACGUGCACCUGCUGCUGCAGCUGGUGCGCGCGCUCACCUCCAGGUACAUCGUAGAUUUCCAGUUCAUCAAGGACUUUCUGGAGAACACGGUGGCGCAGUCGUACACGGUGGUGUGGAAGCGAGACGCCUUCUUCAAGUUUGUGGAGCUGUACCAGGAUCCCAACAUCAGCCAGCAGCUCAAGGCCAAGGUGCUGCAGUACAUCAUCAUCCCGUGCUUCGCCGUGUCGUUCGACCGCGGCGAGGUGGACCAGCUGAUCGGCUCCCCGCCGUCCCCCGAGGACGACUCGCCCACCAACAUCGUCAGCGUGUUCAUCCGCUCGUUCAUCGACACCGAGCGGCCGAUGCAGAUCAGCGACGGGGUGCGCAUCCUGCUGCUGCAGCUCUCCUGCCUGCUCAUCGAGCACGCCUCCCCGCACAUCCACGACGUGGCCAACAAACGCCAGGGCAACAAGCUGCGUCGCCUGAUGACGUUCGCCUGGCCGUGCCUGAUGAGCAAGAACUGCGUGGACCCCACCACCAAGUACCACGGCCACCUCCUGCUCUCGCACAUCAUCGCCAAGUUCGCCAUCCACAAGCGCAUCGUGCUGCAGGUGUUCCACAGCCUGCUGAAGGCGCACGCGAUGGAGGCGCGCCCGGUGGUGCGGCAGGCGCUGGACAUCCUGACGCCGGCCAUGCCCGUGCGCAUGGAGGACGGCAACACCAUGCUCACUCACUGGACCAAGAAGAUCAUCGUGGAGGAGGGGCACCACUCGCUCACCCAGCUGGUUCACAUGCUGCAGCUCCUCGUCAGGCACAACAAGGUGUAUUACCCGGUGCGGCACCAGCUGCUGGUGCACAUGGUGAGCUCGGUGCAGCGGCUGGCGUUCAGCACCACCGGCACGCCCGAGCACAAGAAGCUGGCGGUCGACCUGGCCGAGGUCAUCGUGCGCUGGGAGAUCGUCCGCCGCCAGGACGAGGAGUCGCUGUCGAAGGGAGCGCUUCUCAAGCCCGGCAUCACGAAGGAGUCGCUGAGACGCAUCGAGAAGACUCACGCCGAGACGCUGAUCAACUUCCUGCUGAAGCUGGCGUGUCAGGUCAACGAGCUGUCGACGACGCCGGGCGCGCCGGGCGAGCAGCUGUCGCGCCGCUGUGUGCAGCUGCUGAAACUGGCCAUGCGGCCGGGGGUGCUGCCGCACGGCGACCUGCGCAUCGUCUGGGUCGACAAGCUGCUGCUGUCAGUCGAAUCGCCGCAGCCAAACUACAGCAACAUCUGCACUGCCCUGGACCUGCUGGCUUACCUGCUGACGAUGCUGAAGCGGGACCAGAUCCUGGCCAACUUCAAGCACCUGCAGCGGGGCCUGGCCGCGUGCAUGGCCUCCCAAAACCAGAAGGUGGUGAGGGCCGUCCACCUGCUGCUGACCAAGCUGAUGAACAUGUUCCCGACGGAGCCCACCGGCUCCUCCGUGGCCUCAAAGUACGACGAGCUCGAGUCGCUGUACAACCACGUCAGCAAGGUCGUGUUCGAGGGUCUGGUGGCUUUCGAGAAGAACACGUCCGCCACGCCGUCCAGCUUGUACGGCACCCUCAUGGUGCUAAAGGCGGCCGGCCACAGCAACCCCUGCUACGUGGACCGGCUCAUCAGCAGCUUUAUGCGCGUGCUGCAGCGUAUGGCACGUGACCACUUGACGCCCGGCGGCGAGUCCACCCCGGUGGCCGUCGACCUCCUGAUCCUGGCGCUGGACCUGGUCAAGAACCGUGUGGGCGUCAUGGGACUGGAUAUGCGCAAGUCCUUCAUCGGCGCCAUUCUGGUCAAUCUGAUCGACAAGACGUCCGAGGUCAAGGUUCUGAAGGCCAUCACAAAGAUGGUGGACGAGUGGGUGAAGAACAAGUCGCCGAUCGCCAUCAACCAGGGACCUUCACUGCGCGAGAAGUCGAUCCUGCUGGUUAAGCUGAUGCACUGCAUCGAGAAACGUUUCACCGAUGACCCGGAGGUGCAGGCCCAGUUCUUGGAGCUGGUCAACUACAUUUAUCGAGACGACGCUCUGAAGAGCACCGAGCUGACGGUGAAGCUGGAGCCGGCGUUCCUGUCCGGUCUGCGCUGCGCCCAGCCCCAGAUCCGGUCCAAGUUCUUCGAGGUGUUCGACACGAGCAUGAAGCGCCGCCUGCACGAGCGGCUGCUGUACGUGGUGUGCAGCCAGAACUGGGAGCACAUCGGACACCACUACUGGAUCAAGCAGUGCCUGGACCUGCUGCUCGUCACAGCUAACCACUCGCCGAUGCAGCUGUCCUCGGCCAGUCUGCAGCUGCCCAGUCUGUCGUCGGUGAUACAGCUGGGCGACCCCGGCGAGCGGCAGGCCUUCCACCAGUACCGGGGGGAGUCGGUGGGCGCCCAGUGGACGAGCUGGAGCUGGGCGAGCAGGGGGGAGACGGCUCGGCCCAGCGCCCCGCCCGCCGUGCCGCUGCAGGUGCUCGUCGCCAGGCAGGCCAAGUUCCUGGAGGGCGGCAAGGAGGUGCGCACGCCCCACUUCCUGGCGGCGCUGACGCAGCUCUGCCACAGCGACCAGCCGCUGGCCGAGCGGCUCUGGCUCGACUUCUUCCCGCGCGUCUGGAAAACACUCAGCGAGCGGCAGCAGCAGUCGCUGUCGGCUGAACUGGUGCCGUUCCUGGUGUCGGGGGCGCACAACAUCCAGAAGGACUGCUCGCCGUCGGCGCUCAACACGUUUGUGGAGGCGCUGGUGCACUGCCAGCCGUCGGUCACCCUGAAGCCGUGCAUCAUGCGCUACUUGGGCAAGAGCCACAACUUGUGGUACCGGAUGACGCUGUCGCUGGAGCAGAUGGCGCUGGACAGCAGCUCCCUUCAGCUCAUCCGGCCCAAGAAAGAGGCGGCCGACAUGUACGACUUCGAGCCGGCCACCAACACCAAGGAGGAGAGUCUGGAGAUCCUGGAAAGCCUCUGCGAGCUGUACAAGCUCUUGCGUGAGGAGGACCUCUGGAUCGGCCUGUGGCAGAAGAUUGCCAAGUACUCGCAGACCAACAUCGCGCUGGCGUACGAGCAGCAGGGCUUCUUCGAGCAGGCGCAGGGCGCUUACGAGCUAACCACGAACAAGAUCCGGGCCGACUACGCCACGUCCCCGGCUCCGGUCAGCCUGCAGCAGGAGAUGAUGCUGGUGGAGCAGCAGUGGAUCCGCUGCUGCAAGGAGCUGAACCAGUGGGACCUGCUACUCGAGUACGGCCGCUCGGCAGCGGCUGCCAGUCCGGCGCUCGUGCUCGACUCGGCCUGGCGCGUGCCCAACUGGGGGGUCAUGAAGGACGCCCUCCAGCAAGUGGAGGUCAACUGCCCCAAGGAGAUGGGCUGGAAGGUGAACCUGUACCGCGGCUACAUCGCCAUCUGCCACCCGGAGGAGACGCACCUCUCUAACGUCGAGAAGCUGGUCGACCUGGCCACAAACCAGUGCAUGAAGGAGUGGCGCAAGCUGCCCUCCAUCGUGUCGCACGUGCACGUGCCUUACCUGCAGGCGGCGCAGCAGAUCAUGGAGCUGCAGGAGGCGGCGCAGAUCCACCAGAACCUGCUGCACAGCCGGCAAAACGCCGUGCACGACAUGAAGGCUAUCGUGAAAACGUGGGCAAAUCGCCUGCCGGUCAUCAGCGACGACCUGAGCCACUGGAGCGAUGUGUUCACCUGGCGCCAGCACCACUACCAGUUCAUCGUCAAACACUACAGCGAGCAGGACCAGGGCGCCAACAACCAGAGCAUGCUGGGCGUGCACGCCUCGGCCCAGGCCAUCAUCCACUACGGCAAGAUGGGCAGAAAGCACGGCCUGAUGGGCGUGUGCCUGGAGAACCUGAACCGGCUGCACACGAUCCCGUCGGUGCCGAUCGUCGACUGCUUCCAGAAGAUCCGCCAGCAGGUCAAGUGCUACCACCAGAGCGCCGCCGGACAGGGCAUGAGCAAGACCGAGCUACAGGAGGGCCUGGAGGUGAUCGAACACACCAACAUGAAGUACUUCACCAAGGAGAUGGUCUCCGAGUUCUACGCUCUGAAGGGCAUGUUCCUGUCACUCGUUGCCAAACUACAGCAACAUCUGCACUGCCCUGACCUGCUGGCUUACCUGCUGACGAUGCUGAAGCGGGACCAGAUCCUGGCCAACUUCAAGCACCUGCAGCGGGGCCUGGCCGCGUGCAUGGCCUCCCAAACCAGAAGGGUGGUGAGGGCCGUCCACCUGCUGCUGACCAAGCUGAUGAACAUGUUCCCGACGGAGCCCACCGGCUCCUCCGUGGCCUCAAAGUACGACGAGCUCGAGUCGCUGUACAACCACGUCAGCAAGAUGGUGGACGAGUGGGUGAAGAACAAGUCGCCGAUCGCCAUCAACCAGGGACCUUCACUGCGCGAGAAGUCGAUCCUAGACGACGCUCUGAAGAGCACCGAGCUGACGGUGAAGCUGGAGCCGGCGUUCCUGUCCGGUCUGCGCUGCGCCCAGCCCCAGAUCCGGUCCAAGUUCUUCGAGGUGUUCGACACGAGCAUGAAGCGCCGCCUGCACGAGCGGCUGCUGUACGUGGUGUGCAGCCAGAACUGGGAGCACAUCGGACACCACUACUGGAUCAAGCAGUGCCUGGACCUGCUGCUCGUCACAGCUAACCACUCGCCGAUGCAGCUGUCCUCGGCCAGUCUGCAGCUGCCCAGUCUGUCGUCGGUGAUACAGCUGGGCGACCCCGGCGAGCGGCAGGCCUUCCACCAGUACCGGGUGUCCCGCGCCGUCGAGCCGGCAGCAGACCUGGACAACACCGACAGCAGCAACGACGAGCUGGAGCUGGGCGAGCAGGGGGAGACGGCUCGGCCCAGCGCCCCGCCCGCCGUGCCGCUGCAGGUGCUCGUCGCCAGGCAGGCCAAGUUCCUGGAGGGCGGCAAGGAGCCGCUGGCCGAGCGGCUCUGGCUCGACUUCUUCCCGCGCGUCUGGAAAACACUCAGCGAGCGGCAGCAGCAGGUGCGUACGGUCUCUGAGGCGCUCUGUGUAUGUCGCUGGUCGGCUGAACUGGUGCCGUUCCUGGUGUCGGGGGCGCACAACAUCCAGAAGGACUGCUCGCCGUCGGCGCUCAACACGUUUGUGGAGGCGCUGGUGCACUGCCAGCCGUCGGUCACCCUGAAGCCAUGGCGCUGGACAGCAGCUCCCUUCAGCUCAUCCGGCCCCAAGAAAGAGGCGGCCGACAUGUACGACUUCGAGCCGGCCACCAACACCAAGGAGGAGAGUCUGGAGAUCCUGGAAAGCCUCUGCGAGCUGUACAAGCUCUUGCGUGAGGAGGACCUCUGGAUCGGCCUGUGGCAGAAGAUUGCCAAGUACUCGCAGACCAACAUCGCGCUGGCGUACGAGCAGCAGGGCUUCUUCGAGCAGGCGCAGGGCGCUUACGAGCUUAACCACGAACAAGAUCCGGGCCGACUACGCCACGUCCCCCGGCUCCGGAGGACGCACCUCUCUAACGUCGAGAAGAAGCUGGUCGACCUGGCCACAAACCAGUGCAUGAAGGAGUGGCGCAAGCUGCCCUCCAUCGUUGUCGCACGUGCACGUGGCCUCUACCUGCAGGCGGCGCAGCAGGACCAGGGCGCCAACAACCAGAGCAUGCUGGGCGUGCACGCCUCGGCCCAGGCCAUCAUCCACUACGGCAAGAUGGGCAGAAAGCACGGCCUGAUGGGCGUGUGCCUGGAGAACCUGAACCGGCUGCACACGAUCCCGUCGGUGCCGAUCGUCGACUGCUUCCAGAAGAUCCGCCAGCAGGUCAAGUGCUACCACCAGAGCGCCGCCGGACAGGGCAUGAGCAAGACCGAGCUACAGGAGGGCCUGGAGGUGAUCGAACACACCAACAUGAAGUACUUCACCAAGGAGAUGGUCUCCGAGUUCUACGCUCUGAAGGGCAUGUUCCUGUCACUCGUUGGUCGCUCGGACGACGCCAACAAGGCGUUCUCGGCGGCCGUCCAGAUGGACGACACGCUUUUCAAGGCCUGGGCGCUGUGGGGCGAGUUCAUGGAGUCGUCGUUCUUCCGGGACCCGAGCAACCUGCAGACAGGUGUAUCGGCCAUCACCUGCUUCCUGCACGCCUGUCGACACCAGAAGGAGAACAAAAGCCGCAAGUACCUAUCCAAGGUGCUGUGGCUGCUGACGUACAACGACGAGGCCAACACGCUGGCGGAGGCGGUGGAGCACUAUUGUGCCAGCGUGCCGCCCAUCCAUUGGCUGCCGUGGAUCCCCCAGCUGCUCACCUGUCUGGUGCGCAACGAGGGCAAGCCCAUCAUGAACCUGCUCACCCAGUGUGAGCACACGGACCGGGUGGGCCGCACGUUCCCGCAGGCGGUGUACUUCCCGAUCCGCACGCUUUACCUCACGCUCAAGAUAGAGCCGGGAGCGGCACAAGACGACCGCAUCAUGCACAACCAGCGCGACGUGCACCCGACCAUCCUGUCCAGCCUGGAGGGCAUCGUCGAUCAGGUGGGCGCGAGCGGCUGCCGGCCGGCCGCGUGGCCGCCCCUGGCGCCCCCCACCGGCGCAUGGUGUGUUCCGAGAGAACUGGUACGAGGAGGUGUGCUGCGCCAGCUGCGCCAGGCCCUCACCAAGUGCCUGGCGCUGGCGUUCGACAGCCGGGGGGCCGUCACCGAGGCCACCAUCACGCCGCACACGCUCAACUUCGUCAAGAAGCUGGUGGCCACCUUCGGCAUCGGCGUCGGGGCGCUGGCCGACAUGGUGCCGCCCAAGAAGCACCUGGUCAGGCAGCAGCCGGCCAACGCCCAGAUCGGCAUCAUGGAUGGCAACACGUUCUGCUACUCCCUGCAGCCGCGCCUUUUCACCAUCGACCUGACGGUGAGCGAACACAAGGUGUUCUUCAGCGAGCUGUUCUCGCUCUGCGAGGCGGACGACAGCAGCCUGUUGAAGCUGCCCUGCUACAAGUCCAUCAACCUGACGUCCAUCCGCCAGUCGGCUCUCCGCUGCCUGGCGGAGUGCUACUACAUCCCCAACUACCGCGACAAGAUCUUCUCCGUCCUCUACAACCGGGCGCUCAACUCCAGCAGCGCCGAGCUGCAGGAGUGUGGCUUCCAGUGCAUGAAGAAGCUGAUUGCCGGCGCGCAGCCGGACAUGGAGGUGGUGCACAAGGAGAUGCGUCCGCUGCUGCUGCUGCUCGGCGACCACCGCUCGCUGACGCUGAACGUGGUGCCCCGGCUCAACUACCUGACGCGUCUCUUCCCCAACACGUUCAAGGAGAAGCUCUGCGAGCAGCUGGUGCAGCACCUGCGCAAGUGGAUGGAGGCGGCCAUUCAGAGCGCCUCUGCGGGCGCGCCUGCUGCCGGCGGCGCCGCCGGCGACGCCGACAAGGAGAAGGCGGCCAACCUACGCACGGCGCCCACUGCCACGCAGGAGUACCAGAUCUGCACGGCCAUCCUGGCCAUCUUCCCGCAGAUCCCAGCCGCCUCCAGCCGGUUUGUGGAGCUGCUGAUCCAUCUGGUGCUGACCACCGAGUCCCAGCUCUGCGUGGAUGCAGGCUCCACCAUGCGCACGCCGCUGCUGCAGUUCCUGGCGCGGUACCCGCAGGAGACGAUCGACUACCUGAUGACGGAGACGGUGUUGAAGGAGCAGCAGAACAGCCGCUUCCUGAAGUACCUGAUCAACCACGAGGACGGCCAGUGCUUCAGGGAGAUGGUGCAGAGCUCGGUCGACAAGCUUACCAACAUGGUGUCCGGCGCCGUGUCGGUGCAGGGCGAGAAGGACAAAGCCGAGCUGCAGUUCCAGGCCGUGCACAUCUGCUACCUGCUGACCAAGCACGACGACCAGUGGCUGGCCGGCCAGUCGCACCUGGUGCAGGCCCACAAACUGGUGUGGUGCAGUGACGCGUAUCACGAGCAGCACCAGCGCGGCGAGCGCACCGAGUCCGGCCACUGGCAGCAGCCGCGCCUGCUGGCCCGCACGCUGCUGCGCUACUUCAUCCACCACCCCGACAACGUGCACCUGCUGCUGCAGCUGGUGCGCGCGCUCACCUCCAGGUACAUCGUAGAUUUCCAGUUCAUCAAGGACUUUCUGGAGAACACGGUGGCGCAGUCGUACACGGUGGUGUGGAAGCGAGACGCCUUCUUCAAGUUUGUGGAGCUGUACCAGGAUCCCAACAUCAGCCAGCAGCUCAAGGCCAAGGUGCUGCAGUACAUCAUCAUCCCGUGCUUCGCCGUGUCGUUCGACCGCGGCGAGGUGGACCAGCUGAUCGGCUCCCCGCCGUCCCCCGAGGACGACUCGGCCACCAACAUCGUCAGCGUGUUCAUCCGCUCGUUCAUCGACACCGAGCGGCCGAUGCAGAUCAGCGACGGGGUGCGCAUCCUGCUGCUGCAGCUCUCCUGCCUGCUCAUCGAGCACGCCUCCCCGCACAUCCACGACGUGGCCAACAAACGCCAGGGCAACAAGCUGCGUCGCCUGAUGACGUUCGCCUGGCCGUGCCUGAUGAGCAAGAACUGCGUGGACCCCACCACCAAGUACCACGGCCACCUCCUGCUCUCGCACAUCAUCGCCAAGUUCGCCAUCCACAAGCGCAUCGUGCUGCAGGUGUUCCACAGCCUGCUGAAGGCGCACGCGAUGGAGGCGCGCCCGGUGGUGCGGCAGGCGCUGGACAUCCUGACGCCGGCCAUGCCCGUGCGCAUGGAGGACGGCAACACCAUGCUCACUCACUGGACCAAGAAGAUCAUCGUGGAGGAGGGGCACCACUCGCUCACCCAGCUGGUUCACAUGCUGCAGCUCCUCGUCAGGCACAACAAGGUGUAUUACCCGGUGCGGCACCAGCUGCUGGUGCACAUGGUGAGCUCGGUGCAGCGGCUGGCGUUCAGCACCACCGGCACGCCCGAGCACAAGAAGCUGGCGGUCGACCUGGCCGAGGUCAUCGUGCGCUGGGAGAUCGUCCGCCGCCAGGACGAGGAGUCGCUGUCGAAGGGAGCGCUUCUCAAGCCCGGCAUCACGAAGGAGUCGCUGAGACGCAUCGAGAAGACUCACGCCGAGACGCUGAUCAACUUCCUGCUGAAGCUGGCGUGUCAGGUCAACGAGCUGUCGACGACGCCGGGCGCGCCGGGCGAGCAGCUGUCGCGCCGCUGUGUGCAGCUGCUGAAACUGGCCAUGCGGCCGGGGGUGCUGCCGCACGGCGACCUGCGCAUCGUCUGGGUCGACAAGCUGCUGCUGUCAGUCGAAUCGCCGCAGCCAAACUACAGCAACAUCUGCACUGCCCUGGACCUGCUGGCUUACCUGCUGACGAUGCUGAAGCGGGACCAGAUCCUGGCCAACUUCAAGCACCUGCAGCGGGGCCUGGCCGCGUGCAUGGCCUCCCAAAACCAGAAGGUGGUGAGGGCCGUCCACCUGCUGCUGACCAAGCUGAUGAACAUGUUCCCGACGGAGCCCACCGGCUCCUCCGUGGCCUCAAAGUACGACGAGCUCGAGUCGCUGUACAACCACGUCAGCAAGGUUGUGUUCGAGGGUCUGGUGGCUUUCGAGAAGAACACGUCCGCCACGCCGUCCAGCUUGUACGGCACCCUCAUGGUGCUAAAGGCGGCCGGCCACAGCAACCCCUGCUACGUGGACCGGCUCAUCAGCAGCUUUAUGCGCGUGCUGCAGCGCAUGGCACGUGACCACUUGACGCCCGGCGGCGAGUCCACCCCGGUGGCCGUCGACCUCCUGAUCCUGGCGCUGGACCUGGUCAAGAACCGUGUGGGCGUCAUGGGACUGGAUAUGCGCAAGUCCUUCAUCGGCGCCAUUCUGGUCAAUCUGAUCGACAAGACGUCCGAGGUCAAGGUUCUGAAGGCCAUCACAAAGAUGGUGGACGAGUGGGUGAAGAACAAGUCGCCGAUCGCCAUCAACCAGGGACCUUCACUGCGCGAGAAGUCGAUCCUGCUGGUUAAGCUGAUGCACUGCAUCGAGAAACGUUUCACCGAUGACCCGGAGGUGCAGGCCCAGUUCUUGGAGCUGGUCAACUACAUUUAUCGAGACGACGCUCUGAAGAGCACCGAGCUGACGGUGAAGCUGGAGCCGGCGUUCCUGUCCGGUCUGCGCUGCGCCCAGCCCCAGAUCCGGUCCAAGUUCUUCGAGGUGUUCGACACGAGCAUGAAGCGCCGCCUGCACGAGCGGCUGCUGUACGUGGUGUGCAGCCAGAACUGGGAGCACAUCGGACACCACUACUGGAUCAAGCAGUGCCUGGACCUGCUGCUCGUCACAGCUAACCACUCGCCGAUGCAGCUGUCCUCGGCCAGUCUGCAGCUGCCCAGUCUGUCGUCGGUGAUACAGCUGGGCGACCCCGGCGAGCGGCAGGCCUUCCACCAGUACCGGGUGUCCCGCGCCGUCGAGCCGGCAGCAGACCUGGACAACACCGACAGCAGCAACGACGAGCUGGAGCUGGGCGAGCAGGGGGAGACGGCUCGGCCCAGCGCCCCGCCCGCCGUGCCGCUGCAGGUGCUCGUCGCCAGGCAGGCCAAGUUCCUGGAGGGCGGCAAGGAGGUGCGCACGCCCCACUUCCUGGCGGCGCUGACGCAGCUCUGCCACAGCGACCAGCCGCUGGCCGAGCGGCUCUGGCUCGACUUCUUCCCGCGCGUCUGGAAAACACUCAGCGAGCGGCAGCAGCAGUCGCUGUCGGCUGAACUGGUGCCGUUCCUGGUGUCGGGGGCGCACAACAUCCAGAAGGACUGCUCGCCGUCGGCGCUCAACACGUUUGUGGAGGCGCUGGUGCACUGCCAGCCGUCGGUCACCCUGAAGCCGUGCAUCAUGCGCUACUUGGGCAAGAGCCACAACUUGUGGUACCGGAUGACGCUGUCGCUGGAGCAGAUGGCGCUGGACAGCAGCUCCCUUCAGCUCAUCCGGCCCAAGAAAGAGGCGGCCGACAUGUACGACUUCGAGCCGGCCACCAACACCAAGGAGGAGAGUCUGGAGAUCCUGGAAAGCCUCUGCGAGCUGUACAAGCUCUUGCGUGAGGAGGACCUCUGGAUCGGCCUGUGGCAGAAGAUUGCCAAGUACUCGCAGACCAACAUCGCGCUGGCGUACGAGCAGCAGGGCUUCUUCGAGCAGGCGCAGGGCGCUUACGAGCUAACCACGAACAAGAUCCGGGCCGACUACGCCACGUCCCCGGCUCCGGUCAGCCUGCAGCAGGAGAUGAUGCUGGUGGAGCAGCAGUGGAUCCGCUGCUGCAAGGAGCUGAACCAGUGGGACCUGCUGCUCGAGUACGGCCGCUCGGCAGCGGCUGCCAGUCCGGCGCUCGUGCUCGACUCGGCCUGGCGCGUGCCCAACUGGGGGGUCAUGAAGGACGCCCUCCAGCAAGUGGAGGUCAACUGCCCCAAGGAGAUGGGCUGGAAGGUGAACCUGUACCGCGGCUACAUCGCCAUCUGCCACCCGGAGGAGACGCACCUCUCUAACGUCGAGAAGCUGGUCGACCUGGCCACAAACCAGUGCAUGAAGGAGUGGCGCAAGCUGCCCUCCAUCGUGUCGCACGUGCACGUGCCUUACCUGCAGGCGGCGCAGCAGAUCAUGGAGCUGCAGGAGGCGGCGCAGAUCCACCAGAACCUGCUGCACAGCCGGCAAAACGCCGUGCACGACAUGAAGGCUAUCGUGAAAACGUGGCGCAAUCGCCUGCCGGUCAUCAGCGACGACCUGAGCCACUGGAGCGAUGUGUUCACCUGGCGCCAGCACCACUACCAGUUCAUCGUCAAACACUACAGCGAGCAGGACCAGGGCGCCAACAACCAGAGCAUGCUGGGCGUGCACGCCUCGGCCCAGGCCAUCAUCCACUACGGCAAGAUGGGCAGAAAGCACGGCCUGAUGGGCGUGUGCCUGGAGAACCUGAACCGGCUGCACACGAUCCCGUCGGUGCCGAUCGUCGACUGCUUCCAGAAGAUCCGCCAGCAGGUCAAGUGCUACCACCAGAGCGCCGCCGGACAGGGCAUGAGCAAGACCGAGCUACAGGAGGGCCUGGAGGUGAUCGAACACACCAACAUGAAGUACUUCACCAAGGAGAUGGUCUCCGAGUUCUACGCUCUGAAGGGCAUGUUCCUGUCACUCGUUGGUCGCUCGGACGACGCCAACAAGGCGUUCUCGGCGGCCGUCCAGAUGGACGACACGCUUUUCAAGGCCUGGGCGCUGUGGGGCGAGUUCAUGGAGUCGUCGUUCUUCCGGGACCCGAGCAACCUGCAGACAGGUGUAUCGGCCAUCACCUGCUUCCUGCACGCCUGUCGACACCAGAAGGAGAACAAAAGCCGCAAGUACCUAUCCAAGGUGCUGUGGCUGCUGACGUACAACGACGAGGCCAACACGCUGGCGGAGGCGGUGGAGCACUAUUGUGCCAGCGUGCCGCCCAUCCAUUGGCUGCCGUGGAUCCCCCAGCUGCUCACCUGUCUGGUGCGCAACGAGGGCAAGCCCAUCAUGAACCUGCUCACCCAGGUGGGCCGCACGUUCCCGCAGGCGGUGUACUUCCCGAUCCGCACGCUUUACCUCACGCUCAAGAUAGAGCAGCGGGAGCGGCACAAGACGAGCGGGCAGAGCGGCGGCGCGGCGGCGGCGCGUGACAGCUCCGACCCGGCCGGCUCCUCAGGUGACGCCAGCGGCGGCGGCGGCGGCGGCGGCGGGCCGACACCGACGGCCGCUGACGCCGGCUCCAUCCGCGCCACGGCCCCCAUGUGGCGCUGCAGCCGCAUCAUGCACAACCAGCGCGACGUGCACCCGACCAUCCUGUCCAGCCUGGAGGGCAUCGUCGAUCAGAUGGUGUGGUUCCGAGAGAACUGGUACGAGGAGGUGCUGCGCCAGCUGCGCCAGGCCCUCACCAAGUGCCUGGCGCUGGCGUUCGACAGCCGGGGGGCCGUCACCGAGGCCACCAUCACGCCGCACACGCUCAACUUCGUCAAGAAGCUGGUGGCCACCUUCGGCAUCGGCGUCGAGAACGUGAGCAGCUCGGUGUCGGCGUCGCGGGACGCCUCUGCGUCCGAGUUCGCGCGGCGCGUGCAGGCCACCGUGCAGGACCCCGUGUUCCAGCGCAUGAAGGGACAGUUCACGUCCGACUUUGACUUCAGUCCGCCGGGCGCCAUGCGGCUACACAACCUGAUCCAGAAGCUGAAGAAGUGGAUCAAGAUCCUCGAAGUCAAGAUCCGACACCUGCCCAAGCAGUUCCUGAUCGAGGAGAAGUGCCGCUGGCUGAGCAACUUCAGCUCCCAGACGGCCGAGAUCGAGAUCCCCGGCGAGUUUUUGCAGCUGAAGCACUCGCACUACUACGUGCGCAUCGCCCGCUUCAUGCCGCGCGUCGAGAUCGUGCAGAAGCACGGCACGGCCGCGCGCCGCCUGUUCAUCCGCGGCAACAACGGCAAACUGUACCCGUACCUGGUGGUGAAUGACACCGGUCUGAGUGACGCGCGCCGCGAGGAGCGCGUGCUGCAGCUGCAGCGCAUCAUCAACCACUACCUGGCCAAGAUGAAGGAGACGUCGCGUCGCUUCCUGAGCUACACAGUACCGCGCGUGGUGGCCGUCUCGCCGCACAUGCGCCUCAUCGAGGACAAUCUCUCAUCGAUGGCGCUGCUCGACAUCUACAAGCAGCGCUGCGUUCACAAGGGCAUCGAGCACGACGCACCCAUCUCCCGCUACUACGACCGCCUGGCCUCCAUCCAGUCGCAGGGGGGCAGCACCUCACACCGCGUGCUGCGCGAGAGUCUGCGGGAAGUGCAGAACACCAUGGUGCCGCGCACACUGCUCCGCGACUGGGCCUUUUUCACCUAUCCCAGCGCUACCGCCUACUGGAUGUUCCGCAAAACGCUGACGCUGCAGAUGUCGCUGCUGGGCGUGGCCGAGUACGUGCUGCACCUGACGCGGCUCUCGCCCGACAUGAUGUACAUCCACCAGGACUCCGGCCUGGUCGCCGUCUCCUACUUCAAGUUCGAACUGGGCGAUGCAGCAGGAGAGCUGGUGGCCAGCCGGCCAGUCCCGUUCCGCCUGACGCCGAAUCUGGCCGAGCUGAUGACCCAGAUCGGCGUGAUGGGCCCAUUCACGGCAGCCAUGAUCUCCACCGCUCGCUGCCUCUCGCAGCCAAACUACAAGCUGUCCUCCAUCCUGCGUGCCGUGCUCAGGGAUGAGAUGAUCGCGUGGCACCGCAAGAAGCAGGAGGCGUCAGAGCCGGACAUCAGCGGCGAACAGCUCAUCUCUCUCGUCACCAAGGCGGUCAGCGUCAUCAGCGGCCGGCUCAGCAGUCUCUCCACCUUCGAGGGCGCCGAGAGCAAGGCCAGCACGCUGGUGGCGGCAGCGGCCUGCAACGACAACCUGUGCCGCAUGAACCCCGUCUGGCACCCGUGGCUGUAGCGUCUGCCUGCGCGCGCUGCCGGCCCGGUGUGUGGCGGCCCGAGCAGUGUGGCGCUGGCAGAGCGCCGCACUGGACGGGCCCAGCGGGGCUCAGCGCCGGCUGCUCAGGCGCCCUCAGCGGCCGAAAUCCACGGAGCCGGCCGACCGCGCCACUGCCUCCCACCCGCGUCGGAAGAUCAGGCCGCAGUUAUCUGUCGGCGUGGGUCCCAGCUGUUGUGUCUCUUAGGUGGGCGAACAGCGCAGCACCUUCUGGCUUCGGUCGAGUUCGUUUCACCCUGUCUACUUUGCCAUUUGUUUUCAAAGGGCGCGCCAGUAGCCGGUGGCCGCGGAGUGCUGGCGCAGCUGGAGGCUGCUGGGCCCUGGAGCCAUGCUUCCUGGGCCCUGGAGCCCUGCUUCCCGAGCCCACGAGCCUUGCUUCCUGAGCUCUGGGGCCCUGGAACCCCUGAAUGGUGUGUGCUGCCGUCAUGGUGUCACGCUGUAUGGUGUAUGUAUGUAAGGGGGUGUCAUGCUGCCGCCGCUGGUGCGGUAUUGUGCUAUAACGCUGCCGACAUGUUCACGGUCUGGUGUACAUGCAGUGUCGUAUAUCUCGUGGCUCGGAAAUUGGCGUCACUGGGCGUGUGCCACGUGCAUUUUCAUUGUGAUGGAUAUUGUGUAUAGCCUUUUCACGAAACCCCGCGCGCAGUGUGGACAAUCAUGCCACAUGGGUCAGAACCAUCUUCAGGCGCCACUUCCAUGUAAAUCCGGGCUGCAGCUUUUGCGAGUCGUCUCCAACUUCCUAGCAAAUGUGUAUAGGAUGGCAUGCGCACCACUCGAUCGUAUGAUCUCUCGCCUUUUCUAAUAAUGGCAGCAUUGUUCUUUACGCAUGUCCAUGGCAGGUCCAUAUGGAAUAAAUGCGUUUUGACAUCA